CAAUCAGAUCUUGAAAGCGAAAGGGCAACUUUUAACUCGGUCUUUACUCUACUGGGACGAUGAGAGGUCGGAUUCGGCGGAGAACAAAGGAAUACUUUAAACAACCUCCUGGUCCUUGUUUCAACUUUGCAUGCCUUUGUUGGCAGAUGUUAGUAAUAUCUAAUCACCUCAACUCGGCACGGUAACAAAAAAUCCUCAAGUUCAAGGUCUAAGGGAUUAUUGUAGAGCAAACCGUACUCACAAUCCCCAUUCCCAACACAGCUUCAAAAUUAUUCGGUCGCCCACUGAAACCGGGCUAAUCAUCAAGCGCGUUCCGUUCAACGGUAUCAGCAGGCCAAGGCGACGUUGCCGACGCCCUCCUCCCUAUCGAAUCAGCCAUUGGAUACCACGCGAGCCCAAAGGCCAGAAAUAGAGCAUGCUCCGAUAUUCGCCCGCGCAAGUCCUCUGCUCGGGGGGGAAUGCAGGGCCGGGAGAAUGUCACAUAGCUCAUGUGCAAAUACCGCACCCGAAGAAUGUAGCGAAACCUCCCGACGGGCAAUGGCCGGAUAUGAGGGGCCUCCACGAGCUUCAGUUUAGUCGCGACGUAUGGCUGAACGGUGAUGCUAUCGAGAAGGCGAUCUCAAUAUACUACCAAAGCCUCCCAACCGUAGUACAAGACAUGGUUCAGAUCCAGGAUACGAGCCUCACCGGAUUGUUUAUCCCUGGCAAAGCCGGCGAGGAGAGAUUCCAGGGGAGAAUCAUCAGACCUAUGCGUGGCUUCUUCCGAGCUAUCAGAGAGAAGGAAUACACUCUCUGGCCAAUCAACUAUAACGAUAGCCACUGGGUGCUAGUCUUAAUACGAAAGAGAAGGCCGGCGGAGAAUUCCGAUCAAUUCACACACAUUUCGCGACUGGCUAUCAUCGAUUCCUGGAAGGACGGAGACGCGGAGGGGCGCAAGAGGUUCAUUCAUCAGAGGCUGCUGAACCUGUUCCACCAGGCUGGAAAUUUCACGUUUUCGGAUUCGUACGAUCGUACCAUAUGGACGCCGUGGCAAAAAGACGCGUGUAGCUGCGGCCCCCGUGUGUACUGGGCAGCGAGACAGAUCCUCAACCGCCUCCUUAGAGCGGCGGAGUUGAACCUCCGCACUGCCGACGACCUCUGGGACCCCCUGAGCGGGUUCUUCAACGAAGAGCAAGUGCGGUGGGAGAUGACCGGUCUCAACGCGUUCGCCGCGGUUCAGCAGAUGGGCUACAGAGCGCGGAUCGCGGUCGAGCUGGUCAACGAGGUCAAGUCCUCGGGCCGGGACGGUUUGGAUACUUACGACGCGGCAGAGAUGAUGCGACCGCCGCCCCGCCUCCCGGAGAUCGAAGACGGCCCCAACCGGAAGCGGAAGCGGCCGACGGAAGAUACGGGGAAGGCUGAUGAUGAGGAUGAUGAGCUCCUAACCCAGGACCGCCGCCAUGCUGGGGUAGCCGGCAGGAACAGACGUCGAGUCGCGCCCUCGUACUCGCCGAGGGAAAAUUACCGGGCCUACGUGGGGGAUGACGACGGGAUCGAUCCUAUCUUCCAAGGCGGCUUCCAGCCUUUCGCGACGGCUAAGCCGACUCCGAGGACAGGACAAGUGCAAAAUCCAGGAAAUCCCCUGAGGGCUACGCAGGGGAAUUUUAGGAUCCCCCCCCGAAUCACCAAGGGGACGAGCAAAUUUGUUCCUGCCGGAGAACGCAAGCUGUUUGCCGAUGUUCUUUAGCUCGCUCGCGAUCGCGAGAAAGGGGCGGGGAGUUAUAUAUAUCCGGUCGAGGCGUAUAGACAAUGGAAGGCUACCUAGAUAUAGGUACGUUAGUGCAUAUCGAUUUAGCAGGUGCGGGCGGUUGAUGCGUCUAACAGCACGUAUUUAUAUAUGUAAGCUCCUCUACAUACUUUUAAUUACAUGUACAUCUACCUAUGGAUCCUAGGGCGCCUUAAAAGAAGCCUUAUGAUUAGUUGAUUUAUAAUAAAUUAUUUCAAG